AUGCAAGUAUGGGUUCGGAUUGGAUUCGGAUGGCUUAGUCUUGGCUUAGUAUUUAGUGUGGGUAUUGGUGGUGGUGUAGUGCAGGCGCAGAAGAAUGAAUUGCAGUUGGAGUUGCAGGAGAAUAUUGAGGCAUUAGGGAGUGAAAUAAGUCGGUUACAACGGGUGCAGAAAGGGUUGCAGCUUAUCUAUGAGAAGAUUGGAGUGAAAGAAGGACUGAGUAAACCGGGCCAGAAUCAGGACCAGUUUGUGGCGGUCUUUGAUGGAGGGUCGACGGGCACGCGGUUGAAUAUCUAUCGUUUUGAUGCUAAAGGUCUUGAGUUGAAGAAACACGUUCUGGAGAGUGUUUCUCCUGGGAUACACCAGAGUGCUAGUCCGAUGAAGGAUAUUGAGACUUUGCUGGCUCGGGGUAGGUCUUUCUUGGCGAGUCAAGGGCAUAGUGAGCAGUAUGAUUUUCCGGUGGUGUUUAAUGGGACGGCUGGUUUGCGGCUGGUGGAGUUGAAACAUCGGGAACGAGUUUUGGCGGAAGUGAAGGAGGCUUUAGUUAAGGCGACCAAGAAAAAGGAUAUUGAGGUGCGGGUAAUUGAUGGGAAGGAAGAAGGGUUUUAUGCUUGGGCGGCUUUGGCUUUUGCGACUAAAUCAAAAGAUAAGAUAGCAAUUAUUGACUUGGGCGGUGGAUCGGCCCAAAUUUCUUUUGAAAUUGAUCGUGACUUGCAAUCUUCCCAGGACGGAAUAGUGGAGGGAAAGAAGAAGAAGGUUCUUUCUAAGUCGUUCUUAGGACUGGGUUUGGUGGCUGGCUUGGAGCAGGUGCACCGGCUGGAUACGCAGCAAGUGUGUGCUUGGGGGGAGAAGACGUUUGAGCUGACGGCAUGUAAACGUCAUAUGAAAGCUUCUUUAUCUUCCAUGAUUUUGGAAAAGACCGGUGGGAAAGAGAUUGCGCCGGGUAUUUCACAAGUUAGCACGGUCUUUGUUUCGUCGUUCAUUUCGGAGAUUCUUCAUGAGUUCAAUACCCCGAGUAAUAUUCAGUUUAAGGAUAUUAAGAGUCUCGUUGAUUCGGUUUGUGUAGUUAAGAAGUCUGGCGCGACAGGUUUAGAGCUUGCUUUAAGUCCCAUGUCUGCCCAGGCUGUACCUACGGUUUCAACACCUCCACCAUCUCUUAAGUGCCCCACUGUAAUAUAUGCGUCUAUGUUUAUGGAGAAUCUUGGUGUGGGCCUUUUCACUCCGAUCAAAGAUGCCUCGCUGAUUCCAGUGGAUAUUAGUUGGUCACUCGGCCGGGCUCUUUCUCUUAUCGAAUAA